AAAGCGCGCUCUCGUGGUUGGAGGUAAAUACAGUAUUGGUCGCUGUCAGCACUAUUAGGUUAUUAGUUUUGUUUUGAUUCCUGUGGCGCCGCUAAGCAAUGCAGCAAUCGACAAGGGACGAGGAGGAGGAAGAAGAACCCCAACCCGAUAAUCAUAGACCAGGCUUGCUGGUUGUGUUGCAGCAGGAUGACCGAGAUGCUGGCAACGGGGAGCAGGAGCUGCAGCAGUAUAGCCAGUACCAGGCCGAUGGUGACGCCACGGUGCUCCUCUACAACAUGAUGGUCGCGGAGCCCGAAGACGAAAGCUGCGACUUGCUGGACACAUCGGACCCUAGAGACAGCACCGCCAGUCCAGAGGAACUUGAAGACGAUGAAAACUCCGGUGACAAUGACAACGUAGUGACCAAAAGCUGCACCUACCAAGGCUGCCAGGAAACCACCAGCCAGGUGGCCAAGCAGCGGAAGCCUUGGAUGUGUAAGAAGCACCGCAACAAAAUGUACAAAGACAAGUAUAAGAAGAAAAAGAGCGACCAGGCCAUGACCUGCACCAGUAAACUGGAGGAUAACCCAGAAUGUUCAAUUGCCCUUACAAAGCAAAAGACUGGUUCUGUAGGGGAUCGUCCAGCACGGCCCAGUUUGCUGGAACAAGUUCUAAACCAGAAGAGGCUGUCACUGUUAAGAAGUCCAGAAGUUGUUCAGUUUCUCCAAACUCAGCAGCAGCUUCUAAGUCGUCAAGCUAUUGAGCAAAGACAGUCUUUUCAAGGGGCUUCUGUGUAAAUGGAUUCAGCUGAAGACUGAACAUUUUUUAAUGUGGCUAUAGAAAUUCUAUACGAAUAUAACAAAAACUUCAGUCUUAUCUGAUGUCUUGCUUUGUGGUCUACUAUGGCAACAGUGUAUAUUAGACUUUCUUGAAACGGAUUCCUGGGAAGAUUUUAUCGAUAUACUGUAGUCAUGUUUAAUUGCUGUGCUAGAAUUUGAUAAACUUAAGUUCUCUAUCAUGACAUUUUUAAAAGCACAGGAUUAAAACAUGUUAGAGGGACAUGAAAACCCCUACAGCGAAAAUGGCAGUUUAAGCAGAUACCUGGUAAAAUGUACCCUUCACUGCAUUGAAUAAUUUUUACUGAUUUUUCCACUCAAUAAAUAAGCUCACUCCAUGAAUGACUGCCAAUCUGGCUCUGAAAAGGCUGCAGACACGCAAACAGCCUAUUAGGAGACAAUGCAACUAAUUCAUGGGAUCAUACUGUUAUUUUACUGGCCUUGAGGCGGACAUUUUGACAAGUGCUUUGUUUUUAUGUAUUUAUCCGUCAGUUAUUUAAAGAAAUAAUUUUUAUAGUAGGGACUUUUAAGUUCCUUUCAUUUACUACAACUUUUUUUAAUUACUAUUUAAACAGGAAAUGUAUAUCUGUUUCCAACCAGUUUAGUGACUCACUACACACUUGGUGACCAGUGUUGUAAGGCCACUUGCUUUGUAGAGGGACAUGCGCCCCUCUUUUGAAUGAGGAAGUCUGCACUUUCAAAUAAGGGGUUAUAUGUCACUGUAGGUGGUUCGAGGACAGGAAUACGGUAAAUGCACCACUAGCAAUGAGGAAGUGCCUUUGGGUAUUUCCUCACUGCAUGUGAUGUCAUCGUGUACUAUUUGAUGUCACUCUGUAUUGCUAAAAAAUUCAUGUUAAUGACAAAGCCUUUGUCAUUUAUUCCUUGAGCUAUCUUUCACACCACAAAAGAAAAUGUAAUGUUCUUUUAAAGUUGUUUUUUUUUUUUGUGGUGAGCUAAUAAUGUAACAAACUUUUUUUUUUUAAUGAUUGUAUUUUUUUUUUUAUCUUCCUACGUAACAUUUUCUUGUAUAUAUGGUAUUUUGAACAAAUUUGUCUGUGUAUUGUAUCCAUAAUCCAGUUGUAAAGUGCUAUAGAACAUUUUAUGAAUACAAGAUGCCUGCUGAUUCACAUUUUCAACUCUACUGUUUUCCCGACAGUGACGGUAAAGGGACAUAAUCGUGCUGGGUUACUUGUGCAUAAAAUCCUUUAGCACCAGAUUAAGGUGUUCAUGUCAGUUGUAUAGACUUGUAUGCAGUACAAAGCUCACCCUUUUAAAGUAAAAUAGUCCCUUUUUCUGGGACUCUAGAACUGUCUGGGUUUUGUCUUGCUUUGUUCUUGUCAAAUCAAGCAGCAUAUUCUAUUUGCUUUUGUGAGUGUACUCUGAUGCAUUGCAGUUCAGUUGCAAUUAGAGCUGUAUCCUCAUCUCCUUUGCCAUCACAUUAAAGGUAAAUAAGCAGCGAAAAGGGGGUUUAUUUAGAGGUGCAUUUGCCAAAGAAAUUAGGUUAAAAAUAUUGCUAAUUUAAAAAUGCUAUUUAAAUGUAUUAUACAGGCAUAGUUUUAAAGUUAAAUUCCUUGUCUCAUUCAGUAUUCCCCAUAAAAUUAUUUAUGCCUGGUUUUCCUGUAAAUGACCUAUGGAUUUCUUCCCCUCAUUGUCAGCAGUGGUGCUUGAGCACAUCUCAAUAUACUGCAGUUUGCCCUAUGUACUGAAAGGCUCAAAUAAUGCUACAGAUCUCCAGCGGCUACUGAAAAUAGCACAGGCACACAAAUUCCAGCAUGGUUUUAAGGGGUAUAUCCAUGGACUUCUCUAAACUUAUAAAACUCUGAAAAUUAAGAAGGGGGGAUAUUUUUUUGUAUGCAGAUCUUCUACAGUGCGUAUUUGCUGAAAUAGAAUAUGCAUAUGAUACUACAAAAUGACUUUAAUCAAUAUUUGUCUUAUUUUUAUAUUAACAAUAUUAUUCUAGGGAAGACUACACCAUAACACUUUUAUAUAAGCUCUCUAUAAGAGAGCUUACACUGCCUUUGAGUGUUGAUUGAGCAUCCAGACAAACAAGUUCACUGCGUUAAUUUGAUCACAGAAUAUUUUUUUUCACAUGCUUUCCAAAAUAAUUACAUUUUGGUGCUGAAAAUGUAUGUGUCAAAAAUCAAUGUAUUCCAGUUUUAUAGUUUAUAUGCUGUAAAUGUUAUUGUUAUAAUGUGUGUGUUUUGUAUUUUUUUAAUUAAAUUCUCACUAAGGGGUGUUUUUUUUAUUUUAACAUCAGUACCUGGAAGGAAAUCAGCCUUAUACACAAAGGCAACAAAGAUUUGUGUUAACUGAGACUCAAGCUGUAACCAGACUUGCCAACCUUCUAACUGCACUUCUCACAAAUUGUGCAGUUGAAAAUGGGAGCUCAAAAAAACAUACAGAGAUUGGAGGUGGCGCCUACGGCCGUCGGGCAUUAAUGGAUAAUUAUUAUUAUAAUUAAAAAUAUGUAUAAACACAAAUUGUUAAGUAGUACAGAAUGACACUAAUGUAAAUUGCUAUGAUUGUAACAAAUGAUUAAAAAGUUUAUUGACACAUAAAAACACCAAUUUAUAAUAAUCUUUUUGAACAAUUCCCUGUUACAAAGAAGAUAAAUAGUUAUAAGCAAUCCCUGUUGAUGGGUCGUAUUGACUCAAUGACACCGGUGUCUAACUGGCUGGAAUUUAAUCCAGAAUUACGCUUUGACGUUUCUAUUCAAAAUCUCACAUAAAAACUAUUACAUUAAAAUCCUUACUACUUGUAAGUUCUAAGAAAA